AUGGACCGCUUCCCGUGCGAUGGAUGGCUGCAUCUAGCCGUCAGCCCGGGGUCCGAUGUCAUCGGUGUAUCUCUCGCGCAUGCCGAGGAACAUGUCGCGUACCUCAAUAUGGAGCUUCCAGAGAGGUGGAAGCAAUAUAUCCGGGAGAAUGCGCGCACCCAGACACCGGGACAGAUCUGGGGUCAUAUACUGCAGACAGAGGCGGGCGGGUUGGCCGUGGAGGACGUUGAACUGCCAUACAGUGCAAACGCGGUCUACUACUAUUGGCAUGUAGUCAGCCGCGAGGAGUGGCGCCUGGCAGACUCGCCGCUGGAGUCUGCACGCAAGUUCGUCCGGGAGAGAGGGAAAGACCAUCAUAUUGCCAUGCUCGACGUGGAAGCAGAGCCAGGAACGGAAGCGCUAGCGUUUUAUGUAACCGACUUCGUGGGCGCCUGGGCGCAGCACACGCAAGAAUUAGCGAUGGACUCGACGUGGAAUACCAAUGGCGGGAACUUCGAGCUCUUCUCUGCCGUCGCGGAUGCAAAUGGCGCUGGAAUUCCACUCGCCUUCAUCUUCAUUCGGACAACCAAGGACGUCGGCGCUGGAGCCAAGCAGGCGGUCCUCACACGCUUCUUAGAGCGUCUCAAAGAGCUCGGCGUCGACCCGGAGUUCACGCUUACGGACAAGGAUUUUUCCGAGAUCAACGCCAUGGGCGCGACCUGGAAGUACGCCAAACAUCAGCUAUGUUUUUGGCACGGUCUCCGCGCCGUAAAACAGCGCCUCUGCAAGAACAAGCACGUUCCGGCACCAUACAACGCGAGUGCCGCUCGCAGCGAGUUCUCGUUUAUCGACCCUCAUUUCCUGCCUGCUGCUCAGCGC